GAUCAUGUCUAACCAUUCCAUUACUACAAGCUCUAGCUCGCAUUGGGAAGCUAGAAACUUCAGAAAAAAUGAAAGCUCUUGUAUUGAUGGUGUUUUGUUUCUUUCUUUUGCUUGUUGCUUCUCCUUCAGCUUCAGCUUUACCUUCCAAGAAAAGUUCCAAAUUCUACCCAAAACCAUGCAAACAAUUUGUGCUUUAUUAUCACGACAUCCUUUUUGGAAGAACUCGCAACAUUCUCUCUAAUUCAACAUCUUACAGAAUUACAAAUGCAACCAACCUUGGAAACUACCAGUUUGGCUCCCUCAUUGUUUUCGAUGAUCCCAUUACAAAAGAUGAAAACCUCCGCUCUCCUCCGGCCGCCGCAGCUCAAGGGCUGUAUGUUUAUGAUAUGAGAAAUGACUACAGCACACUUUUUGUGUUUUCUUUGAUUUUCAACUCCACUGAGCAUAAAGGCACUUUAAAUAUUGUGGGGUCGGACCCUUUAGGAGCGCCUUCUCGGGAUCUCUCAAUUGUUGGAGGAACAGGAGACUUUUUCAUGGCUAGAGGCAUUGUAACUUUCACAACUAAAGCUAUCGAAAGCAUUGAGUAUUUCAGACUCAAGAUGGAUUUCAAGCUGUAUGAAUGUUAUUGAUUAGAGUUUAUGUACUAGGCUUGCUUUAAUUUUCUAUAGGAUAAUCCUUUUUCCAUUGUUGAGCAAGGAAGCUCAUGUACUGUGCACAAAUAAGCAAGCUUGUUAGGGUUUGCAAAAGCUUGUGUUUUUGUUUCAAUGUUUAAAUGUUCUGGGAAUUGAAGUGAAGUAAAUCCCACUUGGAAAAGGACAUGAUUUUUCUAUCUUCCAA